AAGCUAUUGACAGCAAAACAAAUUCCAAGUUUCUAUCGAGAACCGUAUAUACUAUCUGGAUAUCGCCCGUUAUUCUCAGACCUUUCAGUUUGCUUUCGGUCUUUAUUUCAACGGACAAAUGAAACUUUAAAUGUAUGGACGCAUCUCAUCCCCUGCUUAUAUUUCGCUUUUAAUUACGUGCAAUUUUUCUUAAAGAAUGAUAUAUCGGACCCAUAUGUACGCGGAAUAAUCAUUACCGCGAUUGGUUCAUGUGGCUUCCUUGGCUUUAGUAGUGUAGCACACUUAUUUUGUUGCCUGUCAGCAAAUGUCCGCCAUACCUGUUACUACAUAGACUACGCUGGUAUUUGCUUAUAUUCUAUAUGUGGAGGAUUUUCUUUCUUGUUUUACGCCAGACCUGCGCUCGAAGCAGACAGCGAUUGGUUCUAUCGUCAUAGAAUAUUGUUCUUAUCUAUUUCUGUAGUGAUAUCUAACGUUAUAUGUCUCCUCACGUGCAUAUCUAGACAUAAAUGGUUAAGAUUUCGCUACCUAAUUCGUACUUUAGCGUUUACGGUACCUUACUUUUACAAUGCUCUCCCGUUAUUCUAUCGCAUUUCCUCAUGUCCUGUUGAUGCUUGCAAUCCUGAAGCCUUACGCUAUUAUUAUCUCAACUGGUUUUGGUACGCUAUGUCAUUUGUGAGCAAUAUUGCUAGGCUACCAGAACGCCUAGCACCUGGCCAGUUUGAUAUAAUCGGCCAUAGUCAUCAAUGGCUUCAUAUUUUUUUGGCAUUUGGCAAUGAUGCAUUCAUAAAAGGUAUCAUGAGUGAUUUCACUCAUCGUAGAAAUCAAUUAUUAUUAACAAGCAAGGUUACUGAUCUUUCUUAUGAAUUUACUAUUGUCAUUGUUGGUAUAUUAAAUCUCAUGGUUAUCAUAGCAGUUUAUAACGCUUUACUA